AUGCUCUUGCUCUUUCUCUCCCGUGUAGUUCUCAAGAUGAGUACUAAAAUCAUCAAAGCGAGCGCCGCUGAGCCCGAUGUCUUCGAGACAUCGAUCUCACAGGCCCUGGUGGAGUUGGAGACCAACUCUGACCUGAAGGCUCAACUAAGGGAGUUGUAUAUAACAAAAGCGAAAGAAGUAGAACUUCACAACAAGAAGUCAAUCAUCAUCUACGUGCCUAUGCCCAAGCUGAAGGCUUUCCAGAAGAUCCAGAUCAGGCUGGUGCGUGAAUUGGAAAAGAAAUUCAGCGGUAAACACGUUGUGUUCAUCGGAGACCGCAAGAUUCUGCCCAAACCCAGCCACAAGACCCGUGUAGCCAACAAACAGAAGAGGCCCAGAUCCAGGACAUUGACGUCAGUAUACGACGCCAUCUUGGAGGACCUCGUGUUCCCCGCAGAGAUUGUUGGCAAGCGCAUCCGGAUCAAGCUGGACGGCUCUCAGCUCAUCAAAGUCCACCUCGACAAAAACCAGCAGACCACUAUUGAACAUAAGGUGGACACUUUCCAAUCGGUAUACAAGAAGCUUACGGGACGCGAAGUUACCUUUGAAUUCCCAGAACCCUACUUGUAA